AUGUCGAUCUCCCAUCUACGCAAACUUGCUAAAAAAUCACUGAUUCCCCGAUCUCUCGUCUGCCUAACCACCGCAUCUCCCUUCUCCACCUUCCCCAACUUGCCAACCUCCGCCUACUACGACGAUCUGUCCAACACUGCCCGACAUAAGAGAGACUUCUCCAAGCUUCGUUACCUCCUCAACAAGCGAGUGAGAGACCACUGCUUCAACACCACCAGCACCUUCAAAUUCAUAACCAACUCCGAAACUUCUCUCUCAAACCUCGCCGACCUCAUCCAAACCCUAGCUCGCCUCGACAAUGGGUUCCCUCGCAAGAGCGCGUUUGACGCACUCAUCGCCGUCCCUGCAAGCUCAACCGGCUGUCUAACGAGAAAGAAGAAUAUGGAACGCUCGUGGAGCCUGAUAGAGAUAAUGGCAGAGCUUGGGAUUUCGCCGGAUAGAACGACGCUUAAUUAUUUGUCAACGGCGUAUCGUUUCAAAGGGGAUUUAACGGCUGCAAGCGGAGUUGUGAAGAGGAUUGAAGAGGAGGGGCUGGGUGUGGGCUCGCGUGCUUAUGACGUGCCUGUGUUGGACGCGUGUAAGAAGGGUAAAGUGGAAGGGGCGUUGGUGGUGAUGGAGUGCCGGUGUUGUAUUCGACACGUGAUCAACGCGCUGUUGAAGCAAGGGUACCAUGAUCAGGCAGUUAAAUUUGUUAUGGUUUGUGGAGGGAAAGAGGAGGGUUUGGAUAGCGAGAAUUUUAGGAUUUUGGGGAGUAAGUUGAUUGAGUUUGAGAGGUUUAAAGAAGCUAAGUUGGUUUUGGAGGAAAUGUAA